CUGGGCUGGCCAAGGGAAUAUCGCGAAUACUGGCCCUCGAAUAUUCCAUUUCCACGGCCUCGCUUUCUCCAUGGCCUCCCUUCACCUGCAUUCCGUCGCCCCUGUGGCUGUCACCAGGCACCGCGCGACAGCUCCCUCGCACUUCAAGGCUCUCCCUUCACCGCAUUCACUCGUCCCCGCUCUCUCCUCGCGCGAUACAUUCUGCCAUUCGCCGCUCACAGUCCCCCUGCGCCCUGCCCUCACCGUGCGCCCUGCGCGCCGAUCCCUGUCAGUCCCUUCCGCCUCCGCCAUGCCUGCGCCGUCCCCCGCGGUCCCCGACCACCUCGUGCAGUUCGCGCACCGCCUGGCGGACGCGGCGCGCGAGGUGGUUCCACCGUUCUUCCGCCGGCCGAUCAGCAUCGAGCUGAAGGCGGACGAGAGCCCGGUGACGGCGGCGGACCGCGCGGCGGAGGAGGCGAUAACGGCGCUGAUCCGCGCAGAGUACCCCGCGCACGGCAUCCUGGGCGAGGAGCAGGGGCUGCAGGGGCCCGUGGGGGCGGCGGGGGCGGGGGAGGAGGGGGCGGUGUGCGAGUGGGUGUGGGUGGUGGACCCCAUCGACGGCACGGCGAGUUUCAUCACGGGCAAGCCGCUCUUCGGCACGCUCAUCGCGCUGCUGCACGGCGGCCGCCCCGUGCUGGGCGUGCUGGAGCAGCCCGUGCUGCGGGAGCGCUGGGUGGGCGUCCACGGCCGCCCCACCACCUUCAACGGCCUCCCCGUCGCCACGCGCCGCUGCGCCGCGCUGCGCGACGCCUACGUGUACACCACGUCGCCCGACCUCUUCCCCGGCGCCAGCGGCGAGGCGUUCCGCGCGGUGAAGGGCGGAGCGCGCAAGGCGAACUACGGGUGCGACUGCUACGCGUUCGGGCUGGUGGCCCUCGGGUGCGUGGACGUGGCGCUGGAGUUCGGCGUGAAGCCGUGGGACUACCUCGCGCUCGCCCCCAUCGUGGCCGGCGCGGGGGGCAAGAUGACCGACUGGCGCGGAGGGGAGCUGCGGCUGGCGUCGCUGCGACCAGAGGAGUGGGUGGGCGACGUGGUGGCGACGGGCGACCCUGAGCUGCAUGCGACGGUGCUGGCGACGCUGGCGUGGGAGCAACGAAACAAGGGCGAGUGAGCCGGGGGUGGCGGGCAAGAAGAGAAGGGGGAGAUGUGGCAAGGCGACUGAGGAGGAGGGGGCGAGGCGCAUGUGGGGAGAGGAUGAGGUGGUGAGUGAGAGGUGGCGAGAUGCAGAGGGGCAAGGGGGGCAUGGAUGCAGGAAGCGGAAGCAAGCAGGUCGUGGGUGCCACGUGGGAGCACUAAUGGCCGGCAGGAGAUGCUCCAUGGCCGGCAGGAGAUGCUCCAUGGCUGCUGCCCGCCAUCCCGCCUCAGCGCUGCUCUUCUCCUCUCCUGCAUCACCGCAAGCACACAGCCCAGUGUGCCACCGGUCAUGGCAGCAUGCCCAUUUUGCCUGUUUAUUUAGACGCCAGAAGAUUCAAUAUUGUACAUCGCUUCAAUAAAAGCGUUUGCCGCUUCAAAGUAUAGUAUGGGUGGGCGUACAUUCGUGGCGAAGCUUACACAAUCGCUAUAAGGAAACAAUAGCCAAGUGUAUAGCUCAUUCGU